AUGACAGAAGCAAGAUGGUUAAAUAAGAAGCAUAUUCGGACAACAGAGGAGUACAUGAACGUAUCGACAGUAUCAACUUGUUAUCCAGCUCUUUCCGCUGCUUCUUUCAUCGGCAUGGGAGACAUAGCCUCCGAGGAUGUCUUCAAGUGGGCCCAAACUCACCCUAAAGUCAUUAAAGCUUCUGCACUUAUUUGCAGACUCAUGGAUGACAUUGUCUCUGGUGAGUUUGAGAAGAAAAGAGAGCACAUUGCGUCACUGAUAGAAUGCUACAUGAAGGAUUAUGGAGUGUCAAAGGAGGAAGCCAUUGGUGAACUUGAGAAGAAGAUCGGGAGUGCGUGGGAGGAUAUUAAUGAAGAGUGUCUGAGACCAAAUAUUAGCCAAGGGAUGCCAAAGCCCAUUCUGAUGCGAGUUCUGAACGUGACUCGUUUCAUGAAUGUCAUGUACAAGGAUGUCGAUAACUUCACGCAUUCUGGAGGACUCAUGAAGGAUUCUAUUCAACUUGUGAUCCUUGACCCUGUGCCAUAA